UGUUGUUAAUGCCAAAGAAUCACUGGAAAUGUAUUGACGUACUUUUCUGACGCACUUUAUAGCAAUUGUGUAAAUAUUACCAUGAACGUGAUAUUUGCUUUGCUGUGUCUAUUUCAAAUGCAUGCUGAAAUUUUGUGUUAUAACGGAACAAGACCUAACAUCGUGAUGGUGAUGACUGAUGCGUUUGAUGGGCGUUUGACAUUUGACCCUGGCAGCAAAGUUGUGCAGCUUCCAUAUAUCAACUACCUCAGAGAAUUGGGGAGCACCUUUGUUAAUGCUUACACCAACUCCCCAAUAUGCUGCCCUUCCCGUGCAGCCAUGUGGAGCGGCCAGUUUGUUCACCUCACCCAGGCUUGGAACAAUUACAAGUGCCUUGAUGCAAAUGCCACCACAUGGAUGGAUCUGCUGGAGAAGAAUGGCUACCUUACAAAGAUGCUCGGAAAGCUGGACUACACCUCAGGGGGACAUUCUCUCAGUAAUCGUGUUGAGGCCUGGACGCGGGACGUUCACUUCCUGCUCCGCCAAGAGGGUCGGCCUGUCACUCAACUGGUUGGUAACGUGUCAACAGUGAGAGUCAAUACUGUGGACUGGGAGAAAACGGAUUUGGCCUCAGAAUGGAUCCAUCAGAAGGCUGCGUCCUCACACCAGCCUUUCGCCCUUUACCUCGGCCUCAAUCUACCUCACACCUACAAGACUGAUUCCCUUGGGCCCACUGCAGGAGGAUCUACCUUUCGCUCGUCCCCCUACUGGCUGAAAAAGGUUCAUUCUGAGUUUGUCUCUGUUCCAACGUGGCUCCCUUUGAAUGCCACUCACCCGGUUGACUACUACUCCAUUUUUACCAAAAACUGCAGUGGGGAUUUUACAAAGGAGGAAGUCAAGAGAAUCCGGGCCUUCUACUACGCCAUGUGUGCUGAAGCAGAUGCAAUGUUGGGACAGGUCAUUUCUGCAUUAAGAGACACGGGUUUGCUCAACAACACGGUCGUGAUCUUUACGGCCGACCACGGAGAGCUAGCUAUGGAGCACCGUCAGUUCUACAAAAUGUCCAUGUUUGAGGGAAGCUCACGCGUUCCCUUGCUCAUCAUGGGGCCUGGGCUCACGUCCAGCCGGCAGGUCAACCAGCUCGUGUCAUUGGUUGAUCUCUACCCUACUUUGCUGGAUAUUGCUGCAAUCUCAGGAAUCGGGAACCUCAGUGGCUUCUCGUUGCUUCCUCUUCUAUCCAAGUACAGCGUGUUUUCCAAGAGGGAACAUCCAAAUUGGGUUUUGAGUGAAUAUCAUGGCUGCAAUGUAAAUGCCUCAACCUAUAUGCUGAGAAGUGGCAAGUGGAAAUACAUCGCUUAUUCUGAUGGACUUAGUGUGCCUCCUCAGCUUUUUGACCUAACAAUGGACAAGGAAGAACUUCACAACGUGGCUGUCAAAUUCCCCGCUGUGCGGGCUCAGCUAGACAAACGGUUACGGAGCAUCGUAGACUAUCCGAAGGUUUCUGCAACUGUCCAUGUUUACAACAAAAAAGAAUUUGCUGCCUGGCGUAAAAGUGCAGGUAGCAACUACAGUCAGGUCAUUGCUAAUCUCAGGUGGCAUGUUGAUUGGCAAAAAGACGCCGUGACCAACGAAAGACUUAUUGACAGGUGGCUUGACAAUUCCUUAUGAUACCUAACAGUCAUAUUGUAAACAAAUAGUUUUACGCUGUUGUGUUUAAAUGUAAUGAAUGCUGCUCUGAACUGAAUUUUUGGUAGUAUGAAAAUAUACUACAAAUAUUUUUUCACAAAUUUGUAGUCUCAGUCCUCAGCAAUUCAGCUGCAUCCAGCAAUUCUUGGAUGUUGGACGUGCAAUGUUUUGUAUUGCAGUUUUAUAUCUUUCUCUUUUAUAAGUAUCUAUUAUGUGUACAUCUCUGCUCUUUGGUCCAGGAACGUAUUUACUCCUUGUUUACUGAUGGACAGUACUGUUUUCUGAUUUUGAUAUUAAAUAAACCAAACCAACCCGAGCAC